AUGCCUGAACUGAAUAAGCCAUCUGCUGCAUCCGAUCCCGGCAAAGGAGGGAUGUCAAGAGCGUCAUUGAGUCAGACAAGAAUGAACGUGAAUUUAACUGGACAGUCAGCUCGACUGGCUAACACGAAUGUCAAGCUACUUGGACAAGUUCGUGCGGAAUCAGCGGUUCCGGCUGCUUCCAUGUUUAAGGCGAGAGGUGCACAGUCUACAAUGCCAACAGCGAGUUCUCUUGGACAGACAGCUGGUGUUGGAAGGCCUAUGCCCGGCCGCAUCUCCUCUCUCAGCUUGAACAGAGCUACAAGCUUGCCGCUCAGUCGAAAUGCCCCCAAAGAUCCCAGCUUGAAUUUGCCCCGUCAACCAGCGGGACAGCAGAGAUCCAUCAGCAGCACCGUCCAAGAAAAGAAUUCUGUGAAGCCACUUCCCAUUUCAUUGCGCACGAGCAUCAAGCCUGGGGGUGAAUCGGCCACAGUCGCAAAUCGUACUCCUUUAAAGAUAUCAACAAGCACCAACCGCCUUUUCUGUGAGGGCAAAACUACAACUGAGAAUGGAGCUCUGGGAAACAGGAUCAGCAGUUUGCGAAAGUUGCCUUCGAUUUCCAGCAAUCCCACCAUGGCAACAUCAGCUCAGCCUCGGGUGGCUCAUGUCCAAGUUAAGGAAGCCUCGCCGGUCACAUCAGCUAAGCCCUCAGCAAUGGAAUCUCAGCUGAAUAACACAUUCGUUUUCGGGCAGCAUCCUGCAUCUGCACUGGAAAACAGCACAUCGCUCAGCAAGGAUGUGGCGAAUGUCUCUAAGCCUGAUGCACAAGAAAUUCUUCUUAUUGAACCAGCUGAAGAAGAGCAAGACAAAGGUGACAUGACUCUAUCCUUUCCUGCUGCUGUAAAAACGAUCAAGGAGCAAGACGGCGUGCAGAACAUGGGGAUGGUGGUCAUGCAAGCUGGCGGUGGACAGCUUACGGAAAUCCAGUACAAAGGAAUUGGAGAAACGAGCCAAGAGUUUGAAGGAGAGGCAACAGGAGUUGAUGAGCUUGAUCAGGUGUACAGGAUGCUGCAGCGUAAGCAUGAAGAGGCUAAAGAGCUACUCGUGAGGGUGAUGAUCAACCACAACCUGUUGGUGCGGAUGAAUGAGAAAUACAGCUACGAGAACAUUGAGAAGAAGCGGCAAGAUAUUCUGAGCUUGAUUUCACGUGGCACUGCCGAGGAGUAG